AUGUCGUCUACGAUUGCGAUCAGUACGCCUGCUUCGUCUUGCACCACGUCUGCCAACGCAACAUGCUCGGUGUAUGGCACAACGCCUGGUGGAACGCCUCGAAUCUCGUACUCGCGCGAUGAGCUGCUGAAUCUGGCUUCGAGCCCACUCUCACGCUCGCCGCCCAAAUUCGACGUGCCUGCUGCGAUCUCUCGCACUCGCAAGUCGGCAUCAGAGCGGUUCGAACACCAGCCACCUGCGUCCAAUGCCAACACGACUAAACACGCCGAUCCCGUCGACAGCGACGACGAGCAGGAAGAUGCCACUGCAUUCACUAUGGAACUCUAA